AUGCCUCCGCUGGCCUCCCCACCGAUCGCCCUCGCGGAGUGCCUGGCCUUCCUGGGCCUGGGCUACGCGCUCAGGUCCGCGGAGGUGUUCUCCGAGGCCGACGCCAAGACCGCGGUGAGGGCGGUGGCGUGGUUCACUCUGCCGUCGCUGAUCCUGCAGGCGCUGUGCGGUUCUCCGCCGGUGGAGCUCUGGGGAGCACCUUCAUUUGCUGCUGGUGUUGUCUACACCUUGGCCCUGGCAUCAGCAGGAUGGUUCCUCUUUUGGAAUCGACAUCCCCGGCAACGCUCUCUGCUGAUGGGUUGCACAGUUGGCUCUUCUGUCGGUCUGAUGGGGUAUGCAUUCGUGGAGGCUAUUUGUGGGACGUCGGGAGUUCAGGCAGCAGUUCUCUUCGGAUUUGCAAAUAUACUGGCAGUUCAAGUGGUGUCGUACCUGCUCUUUGCAUCCACGGGCCCCGCCUUCCCCGAGAAAUACGUGCAUGCAGAUGGGGGCAUGUACAGAGGCCAAUGGCAAGCCAGAAAGAAGGAAGGGCUGGGAGUGUACAAGUAUCCUAGUGGGGCACGGUAUGAGGGAGAGUGGCAUGGCAAUGAAAAGAGCGGGAGAGGCGUCUAUUAUUUCCAAAAGGGUGGCUUGUAUGAGGGUGAAUGGUUCAAUGGCAGGCGAGACGGCUUGGGAACAAGGACAUUCAGCACAGGCAAAGUGAAGGCAGGUAGAUGGCGAGCCAACGUCUUAGAAACCCCUCUGGAUGCGCAACAGUGCUCUGAAGCGGUGGUUGGAGCAACAGCAGCAGCAGAAGCUGCGCGGAAGGUUGAGGUCGGAGGGGGCAGUCUUGGUGACGCCCUGCAGCAUGCUGUUCAGGAGCCAGCACUGUGGGCGACAGUCCUUGCACUGAUGCUCAAUUUCUUCGGCACUCCCCUGCCUUCAUCGGUCAACACUGUGACACAGCCUCUGGCUGCUGCAAACAGGCCACUGGCCCUCAUGGCAGCAGGAUUCUGCACCAAGUUUUGGUCAUCGCAGGAUGCACAGCUGAGGGAUGCAGUGCUCAUUGUUGGCGUACGCAAGACAUUGGCGCUGCUGAUGGGGUCCAUGUUCCUCAUCCUGUCUGCAAGGUUCUCCACAGCCCUGGUGGCCCCAGCCCUUGCCACGCUGCUGGCAGCACUGUCGCCCGUCCAUCUUGAGGCUGUCGAAUUCGCCCGCCAGUUCAGGCUGAAUGAAAAGCUGGCAGCCACCGUGUCGUCUGUGUCGACAAUUUUGUCCAUUGUGGUGUUAACCGGAGUGUCAGCUGCGAUGGGGAUAAUGGGCCUCAGUCAGGGUGGGUGGUGCUGCAUCUGUAUCACUAAACAAUUUGUGAUGGUUGGUUGUUCACUAAGCAACGUUAAGCACUAA